AUGGCGGUUUACAAUGUGUUUACUCAAAACGUAGUGUGUACGUAUAGGGCUACUGUUUGUUCUAAAGCUACUGUUUUUGUGUUAUUUAUUACGGGAACUACAGUAAUAAUACCCUUAAUUAUAGCGUACCGAAGUUACGGAUUUUGGAUCAAGGCAGAUACUUACAGGGAGCAACCAGAUGUGCAUUUUAAGCACAAGUUUAUCGCAGUUGCAGAGUCAAAUCAGUUGGACAAACCAAUUAUCUGCAGCAACUUCUGGAAUCUGAAUAGUAUUCUGAGUGACUACAGCCAUUGUUCAGUCGUCAAGACAAGAGAAGAAGACAGAGAUAUUGAUGGAAAAAAUGAAUUACUGUUUUUUGAAAUGGAACUUCUCUUACACAGAACUGAAGCAGUUUUCUCACUGAUACUCUUUCUAGUUUUUGAUUAUAAGCUCUAUAAGUACAGUGCAUUUCAAAUGGAGUCACUUGCCAUCAUUCAGCAUUCAUCUAGUCUGCCAGGUGCAAGAUUUGACAUAGUAGGUGACCUGAAACUAGUUCAAAAACAACCACUUUUUCAUGAUGGAAGAGAUGUGAGCUUUAAUUAUUCUUGCAUAGAUGAAGAAAGCACUGAUCCGCAAGUUUUUAAUUUGCAGAAAAUUAUAAAAGAAUAUGUUGGCAGGAACGUUUCUACUGCAGUAACAAAUGCAUAUCCACUGUGGACUGUCGGAAGAGCCGCUGGUGCCCCAUUUGUUAUAUCAGCCACAAUUUACUAUCCAGAAGAUACUAUUCUGUAUAAGCCUGGUUUCUGGCAAGUUGUCAAGUGGGCAUGGGUACAGUAUUUAUCAGUGCUGGUGGUAAUAAUGUAUAUUACCAACAAAAUAAAAAGCUAUGUAUUUGGGAACUACCUCAUUUCCAGCUUCAGAAUUGUACCUUGGAAAAAAGAUGUAUGAGUGCUAUUUCACAUGUUGACUCAAAGUAUAUUUACAUCUGUGAUAUUUCUGUGGUUAAUAAUGCCACUCGUAAUUUUGUAUGAACACUUUUUUACCUUUUUAUGUAAUAAAAUAGAUGUAUAGAAACUUUGUACUAUAACUUAAACCUUGGCCAGUACUGAGAUGUUGCAGUAAACAGCAAAACGAGUUGCCUCAAGCAAGUUAAGUAAGAGCUAAGUGUAACAGCUUUAGAAGUGUUUGAAUAAUCCUUUAAUUAAGGAACUGAAAAAAAUGGUGUUGCCAUAAACCACACCAAACUUAGCACACACGUGUGUGUUGUAAGUAUUAAGGGACUCAAAGAUAAGGAGAAAUUAAUUAUAGGGAUAAAAUAUGGAACUCUAGCAGAACUGGUCACUAACUUCUGAAAUUGAGACAAAGUAUUGAGUACAAACAGCAUUGUUUUACAAAUUUGUUCCUGUAAUAUAUAGUUGGCCUCCGGACUUAUACCCCUAUUCAGAUUCCAAUAUUUCUUGGAACACUUAGUUCAUACUGUUGCCAUCAAUAUGUAAGCCAUUGAGAAUGCGCACAGCACAUUAUCUCUCUAAUGAAAUCUGUUGCCAGUUAUUGACAAAACUAUGAAAUUAAUGACUAUCACAAAUACAUCACUAAAAGAAAGUGAUCUUGACUGCCUGAUACUGAAUGUACUGCCAGAUAAUGUGUAUUUGGUUUAGAAAUUUCUUGACAUGUAACACUGCAAAGCAAUACUCCAGCAGAGGGCUGACAAGCGUGGUGUAAGCAGUCUCUUUAGUAAAACUGUUGCACUUGCCAAUAAAUCACUGUCUUUGCUUUGCUUUACCCACAAAAUUGUGUAUAUAAUUGUUCCAGUUUAUUUGUAAUUGUAAUCCCCAAGUAUUUAGUUGAAUUUAUAGCCUUUAGAUUUGUGCAAUAACAAUGUGACCUCUUGCUGUAUUCCUUCUGCCUCAGUACCAGUAUAUCCGCAUUUAAGAGACUUGAGAGUUUCUCCAUCAAGGAAGGAGGUCAACAUAGCAUGCCUCGGAGAGUGUUGUAUUAAAGACUCAGUUUAUAACUGCUGCAUGUAUUUUAGAUGAUGCUGUGCUGUUGUUUGGGCUCUCAAGUUUGAACAUUGUGCCUAAUUAUUACACAUUGUGGGAAAAAUGUGGCUUCAUCAGUGAACAUAGCUUGUAACAGACACUUGUGCGUCAGUUUCGUGAAGUAUCUCUCAGGCAUAUUUCAUACCAUGCUUCGUGCCUCAGCAGAGCGACUCUUCCAUGUAUAUAUGAGUUCAGCCAUUGAAGUUCCCACUAUGAUAUUGUGUACACACUGUACAUAUGUUUUUCGGAAGAGCAAUCCAUGGAGCUGGUCUCAAUACAGUCAUCUAUUAAUGACAGUGUGUGUUACCUACAGUAAUUUUAAGUGAAAUUUUUAAAGGAUUUUAAAUGCGUACUUGGCACUUAUUCUGUCAGCUUAUCAGAGGCAAGUUGUGGUGUAGACCUCCAUGGUAUAUUUCCAAGACACUGCCUGUUACAAGAAAUUUCUUUUGCUGUCCUCUACUCCUUUUUUGAUGAGUGCUGUUUCUUGAUACAUGACAGCAGUACCUUUCGGCCGUGUCACUAAACCUCUUUGCAUUAACUCUAUUCACAGCUGCUGUAAUAAAAUGGGAAGCUUCUGAAAAAAAAUUCUACAGACAUUCAUCAAUGAAAAAUCAAACAGAAAAAUAAAGACACAUAACAAUGAUAUGAAAUCAGAAGAGAUUUCAUUAUUUUAAAAGAGGCUAUAAUCUGUCAUAACCAGUUAUCUUAGUAACCACCAUUCUCAACUAAGCUACCCUUCUGUCAUCCUCCAGGGCAAACAUUAAUAUCGCUCCAGGGAUUUAUGUAAACUAACAUUUACUUUGAAGGUAUGUGAUAAGGACUGUCACCUCUCAUAAUGUGCAACCAUUUGAUCUUCACUGUGAAAUCUAUAAUUUAUAAUCACUCCACUUCCAGCACCUAUGGGAUGGCUCAGUCUACAUGACUGUUGUGAGUAAGAGUCUGAAGGCAAUAAAAAAAGACACCUAAAUUGUUCUCAAUU